UCAUUUCUCCUGGAUCUUUUCCCACCGCGGUAUUUUCCCCUGGAUAUUAAUUUCCAAAUCAGAAGAAAUGGCAUUCCGGGUGAUUUUUGUGUUGGUUGGAUUAUUUAUUUGUUCCAUUUGUGUUCAAGGAUCUUCUCAGCCUCAAGCAAGAGUAUAUUUAACAUUCGAUGAGCUUCGAGAAACCAAAACCUCUGAAUACUUUAGUUUGUCCCACCAGCAGUUAGACUACAGGAUAUUACUGAUGGAUGAAGAUCAAGACCGGAUAUAUGUGGGGAGCAAAGACCACAUUCUGUCCUUGAAUAUCAACAAUAUCAGUCAAGAACCCUUGAGUGUUUUCUGGCCAGCAUCAGCAAUCAAAGUUGAAGAGUGCAAAAUGGCUGGCAAAGAUCCUACUCAUGGCUGUGGGAAUUUCGUCCGGGUUAUUCAGACCUUCAACCGUACUCACCUGUAUGUCUGUGGGAGUGGAGCGUUCAGCCCAGUAUGCACCUACCUUAACAGGGGCAGGAGGUCAGAGGACCAAGUUUUCAUGAUUGACUCUAAGUGUGAAUCUGGAAAAGGACGAUGCUCUUUCAACCCCAAUGUGAACACCGUGUCUGUUAUGAUCAAUGAGGAACUCUUCUCAGGAAUGUAUAUAGAUUUCAUGGGAACAGAUGCCGCUAUUUUUCGAAGUUUAACUAAGAGGAAUGCCGUCCGGACUGAUCAACACAAUUCAAAAUGGCUGAGUGAACCUAUGUUUGUGGAUGCACAUGUGAUCCCAGAUGGCACUGAUCCAAAUGAUGCUAAAGUCUAUUUCUUCUUCAAAGAAAGAUUGACUGACAACAAUAGGAGCACAAGACAGAUUCAUUCCAUGAUUGCAAGAAUAUGCCCUAAUGACACUGGUGGGCAACGUAGUCUUGUCAACAAGUGGACCACAUUCCUAAAGGCAAGGCUUGUGUGCUCAGUCACGGAUGAAGAUGGCCCAGAGACACAUUUUGAUGAACUAGAGGAUGUCUUUCUGCUGGAAACCGACAAUCCAAGGACAACACUGGUGUAUGGCAUCUUCACCACUUCAAGCUCUGUUUUUAAAGGAUCGGCAGUGUGUGUGUAUCAUUUAUCUGAUAUACAGACUGUAUUCAAUGGGCCUUUUGCCCACAAGGAAGGGCCCAAUCACCAGCUGAUAUCCUAUCAAGGUAGAAUUCCGUAUCCUCGCCCUGGAACUUGCCCAGGAGGGGCCUUUACACCCAAUAUGAGAACCACCAAGGACUUCCCAGAUGAUGUUGUCACUUUUAUUCGAAACCAUCCUCUGAUGUACAAUUCCAUCUACCCCAUCCACAGAAGGCCUCUGAUCGUCCGCAUAGGCACCGAUUACAAGUACACAACGAUAGCUGUGGACCGUGUGAAUGCUGCUGAUGGAAGAUACCAUGUUCUGUUUCUGGGGACAGAUCGGGGCACUGUGCAGAAGGUUGUAGUCCUUCCUACCAACAGCUCUGCCAGCGGGGAGCUCAUUCUUGAGGAGCUGGAAGUCUUUAAGAAUCAUGUUCCCAUAACGACAAUGAAAAUCUCAUCCAAAAAGCAACAGUUGUACGUGAGCUCCAAUGAGGGGGUUUCCCAAGUCUCUCUGCAUCGCUGCCAUAUCUACGGCACAGCCUGUGCAGACUGCUGCCUGGCACGGGAUCCAUACUGUGCCUGGGACGGCCACUCUUGCUCCAGGUUCUACCCGACUGGGAAGCGGAGAAGCCGAAGACAAGAUGUGAGACACGGAAAUCCAUUGACACAAUGCCGAGGGUUCAAUCUGAAAGCAUACAGAAAUGCGGCUGAAAUUGUUCAGUAUGGAGUGAGAAAUAACAGCACUUUCCUUGAGUGUGCUCCCAAGUCUCCACAGGCAUCUAUCAAGUGGUUGCUGCAGAAAGACAAAGACAGGAGGAAGGAGGUUAAACUGAAUGAGCGCAUUAUAGCCACUUCCCAAGGACUGCUGAUUCGUUCUGUUCAAGAUUCUGACCAAGGACUCUACCACUGCAUUGCCACUGAGAACAGCUUCAAACAGACCAUAGCCAAGAUUAACUUCAAAGUUUUAGAUUCAGAUAUGGUGGCUGUUGUGACAGACAAGUGGUCCCCAUGGACAUGGGCUGGCUCUGUGAGGGCUCUACCCUUCCAUCCAAAGGACAUCCUGGGGGCAUUCAGCCACUCAGAAAUGGAGCUCAUCAAUCAGUAUUGCAAAGACACCCGGCAGCGGCAGCAGCAGCAGCAGCUGGGUGAAGAGCCACCGAAGAUGAGAGGGGACUAUGGCAAGCUGAAGGCACUCAUCAACAGCAGGAAAAGCAGAAACAGGAGGAAUCAGCUUCCAGAGUCAUAAAACAUUCAUCCAUGGAGUUUUGCUUCCAGGAACAAAUGCUCUGUCUUCACUAGUCAACUACUAAGCAAAAUCUUGUGCUUUACCCAUGAGAAAUUCCUGACAAACCUGGAGACUUAUUAUAAAGUGUGUUCUCCAUGAACUGAAGUGAGCAUGCAUUUUCUUGUAUGAUACAGACUAGCACUAGACAUGUCAUGGUCCUCAUGGUGCAUAGAAAUAUUUAACUUAUCCCAGAUUUUAUUUAUAUCUUUAUGUGUCUUUUCUUCAAUAUCAGUGCAACAACAGAAGCAGAACUGUUAUACCUUCGGUUGAGCAAGGGCCAUAAAUUACCCUGUGCUGUUCCUUUUGUACUCUAAGGGUUUAGCUUUCUAAUUGUCACUGGUUUUUAUACAUGAAAAUGAAUUUCAGUUCACAAUUUUCACAUAGUAAAUGUCAUAUAAAUGUGUGUGACAUCCAAUGUCUUGUAGGUUACACAAAUGACAGG